CCAUCUUUGAAGUUGAUGCUAUGCUUGUUUCCUUGGCUUUUUUGGUUGAAAAGAUAGAAUUUUCAAAAAUUGAGGAUUUAAUUUAAAGAUUAUCUCGAGAGCUCAACUGUUUCUAAUGGACAUUAAUUCCAGGAUUUGAUGUUCAAUGAAAGAAAGUGAGUUAUCAUGGUACUGCAAAUCGGAGUAGUCUAUGCUUAUUGAAGGUCGGCGUAUCAACAGAGUGAAUUGUCUCCCAGUGAUGGUCGAGUCAUUAUACACAUGAGAUAGCAGAGUCGAGGACAUUUCGUUUACAAAUUUUAAAUUUAGCGUGUAUUAUAGAAGUGUUUUUCUUGUUUUAAUAAAAGAGAUUGGGUGCGUGUUCCAUCUCUUGUGUAUAUAAUAAUAACAGAAAGACUUUAGCCGUUUUUUGCACGGCUUCUGUGUUAUAUAGUGAUCUGUGAUUUAUUUAACGAUGAUGACGGAGAGUCAUCUAACUAAUCACAUUGCGCUCCAAGGCAAAAAUCAAAUGAACAAUACGGCACCCGGAAAAUUGGACAUGGAAAACGAAGUAGGAUGGAAAUCAAAGCUUAGACUACCUCCACCAGACAGAAGGAUCAAGACAAGUGACGUAACAGACACAAAGGGCAAUGAAUUCGAAGAAUAUUGCCUGAAAAGAGACUUGCUUAUGGGUAUUUUCGAGAAAGGCUGGGAGAAACCGAGUCCUAUUCAAGAAGCUAGCAUUCCUAUUGCGUUAUCCGGUAAAGAUGUUUUGGCGCGUGCCAAAAACGGAACUGGCAAAACUGGUGCCUAUUCGAUACCUGUCCUGGAGCAAGUUGAUGCAUCAAAAGAUCAUAUACAAGCACUUGUGAUAGUUCCAACCAGAGAACUUGCCUUACAAACAAGUCAAAUAUGUAUAGAACUAGCUAAGCAUAUGAAUGUUAGAGUAAUGGUGACAACUGGUGGAACAAACUUACGUGACGACAUUCUUAGGAUCUAUCAAAAAGUUCAUGUUAUCAUUGCCACGCCGGGCAGAAUAUUAGAUUUGAUGGACAAAAAUGUUGCUAACAUGGACAAUUGCAAAAUUUUAGUAUUGGAUGAGGCCGACAAGCUCUUAUCGCAAGAUUUCAAGGGAAUGCUUGACCAUGUCAUCUCUCGGCUUCCUCAUGAACGUCAAAUACUGUUGUAUUCAGCGACAUUCCCUCUCACCGUCAAACAAUUCAUGGAGAAGCAUUUGAAAGAACCAUAUGAAAUAAAUUUGAUGGAAGAACUCACAUUGAAAGGAGUAACACAGUAUUAUGCUUUUGUCCAAGAAAGACAGAAGGUUCACUGUCUAAAUACUCUAUUCUCAAAGCUGCAAAUUAACCAGAGCAUAAUUUUCUGCAACUCGACCCAGCGUGUGGAAUUACUUGCCAAGAAAAUCACAGAACUCGGCUAUUGCUGCUACUACAUCCAUGCGAAAAUGGCACAGGCUCACCGUAAUCGAGUUUUCCACGACUUCCGUGCUGGUCUAUGCAGAAACCUUGUUUGCUCCGAUUUGUUCACCCGAGGUAUCGAUGUGCAGGCAGUGAAUGUGGUCAUCAACUUUGACUUUCCCAAAAUGGCGGAAACUUACCUACAUCGAAUUGGUAGGUCAGGGAGAUUCGGUCACCUGGGAAUAGCGCUCAACCUCAUCACCUAUGAGGACCGUUUCGCUCUGCAUCGUAUUGAGCAGGAGCUGGGCACUGAAAUUAAGCCAAUUCCAAAGGUGAUUGAUCCGGAUCUAUAUGUUGCCAAACUCGACGAAAGUAUUGAGGAUGCCAACGUCAGCAAGUAGAACGAGCAUAAUACUCUCUGAUAUGCGCUGCCGCCCGCCAAACAAACAAAACUUUCUUAGAGACUAUGGUUCAUCGAAAAAUUUUGAUACAUUUUAUAUAUACUAUAUAGUUAUAUUAUAUAUAGCGUGUACAUAACAAGAACGUGAAUGAAUGUUGAUUUUGAUUUAUUUUCAUUUUGGAAAACAAAACAAUAUCCAUACACGGUGAAUUCAAAAUAAUGUAUUGUAUUGAAGAAGAAAGAAAUUUCUCAUUCCGUAAAUUAACAGUUCUGAAAUUUCGUAAAUUCAAAUACCAAUGAUAUCUUGGAGGAGCUUCAUUAGGUUUCUCCCCUCAGUAUUUUUUUUUACAUACUCAUCUAUUUAUUUAUUUACUUUCAAGUGGUAUAUAAUAUGAAUUAUUCAUUUAACAUCUCAAGGAUCUCGUAAAUCAUAUUCUAUAUUACUUGAAUAUUGAAAAAUAAUCCUAGCAUUUCGAUAAUUUUUUUUCUAAUUUGAGAAAUUUUUUUCUUGAGUCAUUAUCCAUUGUACAGCCUUUAUUAUAUAAGUUACACUUUGAAUAGUAGGAAAACAAACUCGCAAAUCAGUUUUCCGCCAUGUUGAAACCAGUGGAACAUGUACACGCGCUUAUGUUCAGCUCCACAGUAUGGUUUCAAAAAUAUUGUAAAUAUUAUAUCUUAGUUUCUUGUAAAGAGUAUAUAAGCAUACUGUUAUUAGAAAUGAUUCGUACGUAAUAUGAGGUAUAUUGUAGCACAAGACUUUCUAGCUGUGAAAUAAAAGAAGAGAAUUUAUUUUUUCAUGGAUUUAGUCAGCAGACAAGAAGAGCAAGCAUCGACUCCGAUGUGAGUGAAAAGUGUCGUGCAACGAAAGUGAAAGUGAACGUCGAGUCAAGUCUCUCAACAACAUAGUUCAAAGAAACUCAGUCGAAAAUGAAGUGUAUGAAUGAGUGAGUCUGAAUAUGUUAUUUAUGUUUUCGUGAAGUUCUCUGGUACCAGUACCACGUGGAAUUGCACGAUUUAUCAUCACAGAGAUCCUUUUAUUCGGUAGUGACAGCAGCUACCGAAUAUUUUCGACUCUUCCAUCUUUUGCUUUGCUUCUCUAUGCAGUGUUGUGAAGGGUAUGCAAGCAGAGAUGGAAGAGUGAGAUUGCUGUAAGUAAGGCUUAGCCAUGAGAAUGCAGCUAGCCAUGUCAUGUGGUCUUGUUUGUUGGUCUCCACACUACAACUGCAAGACUAGCGUUGCGAUCCCCUUUUAUUUCAGUUAAUUGAAAAAAUAAAGAUCAUGAGGGUAAUGAAUGAUAAGCAAUUCAUCAUGUUGUGAUUUACUUCGAUCGUUUAAAAAUUUGAUAAUUAAAUAAAUAUAAUAAAAAUAAGUGUGCCUUCUGUUGUGGUUGUAAAACAAUGUUAUAAAUAUUCUAUUUUGAAGUUUGAACUGACAAUUUUUUCAACUCUACAAAUUGUUUUUUUAACCUUGAUUGAUAAUUUAAAAACAACUGAACAAAAAUGACAUGGGAUCGCUCAAAUUAUUCAAAAUUGAAAAACAACCACAACUUAUAAAUUGAAUCAAUAACUAAAACUUUGAAAUAAAUGAUCAAAUCUAUUAGUUGUAAUUAGAUCCACUGAAAUAUCAGAAUUUUUUCUCUGAUUUACUAUAUUUUCAUUUUCUAAAUAAUUGUUAUGAAACUGAUAAAUUAACCUCUCAUGAGGUUAAUUUAUUCUUGAAAUUUAAUGCAUUUCUUCUCGAGGAAAACUUUUCAAAGUGCAAAAAUAUAUUUCAGUGGGUCACCAAAAAAAAAAAAAAUUAGUAACAUCUUACUUAUUUAUUUUAAAUGAAUUCAAAUUUGAUUUUAAUUUUGUCCAGUGUAUUUUUUAUUUCAUUAAGAACAAAUUUCUCUGUUUUUAUUUUAUGUAGUUUUAUUUUUUGUCUCCUCCGGGAACCGGGAAUUACUGUUAAUUUAUUUGAGCAAAUUUCAAACACUUUUUAACCCUUCCAAGUUUGAAUUCAUUUACUUUUAAAUGGUAAUAAUUUUUGUUGAAAAAAUAUUGUGAAAAAUAGAAUGGAAACUUGCAAAAUUCUUAUUUUGAUAUUGUGAAAUUCAAGGAAUUUGUCUGUAUUUUCCAGCUUCCAUAAUCUUAUUAUCUUGUCUUCCGUAUCUCUCUCACUCUGAUGUUCUCUCUCAAUUCCAAUGCUGUUUAGUGCAAUAGGUCUAUCAAGACCUAGCACGUCUUAAAAUCGAUCUCUCUCACACACACUUUUUGAUUUACGUAGAUUCUGUUGAAUUUAUCAGAUAUUAUC